GUUUUAGGAACAUACUGUUGUCCCUCGCCAAAAAACACCAACUCAUGGUUGCACUGUGUCUCCAUGAGAACAGUGCAUUCAAACAAUCUGUGUCUGUUACCAAAACAUCACAAGUGUCAUUAGAUGUACUAAAUGCGGCCAUUAAAGACUUGGUGCUGCGCAAGUAUCCAAACAUCACAAUGGUCCAUGUCUCAAACAAGGUGGCCAUCUCAGGUACAAGCUAUGCGCCAGGAAUGUUGCUGUGUUAUGGUUCAACUGGAGGUUUGCCUGACUUUGCUGAAGUUUCUCAGAUCAUCUUGGUUUUGGAUAGCAUAGUCUUUGUUGUCAAACUACUAAAUGGAUGGUACAAUGAGCACCUCAGGAGCUAUGAGCUAGAGUACACAGGCAACUUCCAAAUAAUUGAGCCGAAAGAACUACUUGAUUUCUAUCCCCUGGCUAUGUACACUAUUGCAGGACGACGAGUUGUUACCUUAAAACACCACAUCAGCACCCCCUUUUAAAUAUGCAAUGGAAUGUUUUUUUUUGGAAUGUUUUUUUUAAGGAUUUUCUUUUUUUCCAGUGUCUUCCUGCCUGCUCAGAUGUCCACCCCAGCAAAGCUACGGAUCAUUUUUGAUGAUCAUACAGUGCACAAAUUGCUUCUGCCAUCAGGUAUCCCCAGUACUCUACAGGAUCUCAAGCUUGUCAUCCAGAGCACAUUCAGCACUCCAGAUGGCUUUACUCUGAUGUAUCAAGAUGAGGAGUUUGGGGGUCAGUUCUUCACAUUGACGUCUAUAGAAGAUGUGCAAGACAUGGGUACCCUGAAAGUUGUCCAAGUUGAAGCAGUCAUUUUAAAUCUCAGCGCUGUGGAAGAAGAAGAUGACAACUUACCAGAAUCAGACGUCAUGUCAUCCACAUCUUUAGCAUCCCAGGACACCGUUUUGCUUUCUUCAUCAUCUGAUGAAAGUCCUGCAUCAUACCGUUCCCGACCAUGGCCAAGACAGUUCGAUAUUCCACCAUUUUCCUUUGAAAUUCAGCUCUUGCUGGAGGCAGGAAACCGAGCUUACAACGCCAAUGGAACUCUCUUAAACAACCAAAAAGUGACAAGAAGCGUUCUCGAGAAAUUAGCUGAGAUAAUGUUUCAAUACACAGCUUACCCAACAGGAAUCCAAGUGAUGCACGUAGUUGAGGCCUUGGCUGAGAAGUAUCCAUGCCUCAAAGAGCCAGGCUCAUUCAAUGGCAUGUAUGGAUGGCAACAAAGAAUCAAGUAUAAAAUGGCCAAUUAUCGGGCAAAAGUAAGAGGGCUCCAAAUUGCCUGUCCAGAGCUAGAGGUGAACUCUUCAAGAAAGAUGACUUCCCGUCCCAAAGGCCUCAAAAGACCCAAAAAGGCUGAAGUAAAUUAUUUGCCGCCAUUGGCACAUGGAGAAACAAAAGAAACAAUGGAAGAAGAGAGGGUGGUUCUACUCACAGAAGUGAAAAAGACCAACAACAACAAGAUUAUCAGUGAGAAAAUGGAGAAUACCUUUCCAUAUCGGCGGUUGGAGGUUGUCAACCAGAUGCCUGCUGUCCCAGAUGUCAUGGAGAGAUGGCCUGCCCUUUUCUACGAAUCUCAGGUGAAGGAGGAGUUCAAGAGGAUCACAACUAUCAACCUGGACCGAACCUUUUUGACUAACUGUCCCAUGACAUGA